UUCCUAUAUAAUAAAAACACCCGUCUCUUUCUGCUUCCCAAAGCCAAACCGCAAAACCCUAAACCACAUUCUCACCCCCACCGCCACAACACCAUGCUUGGCCUUAUCCGGCGAAGACUCGCCUCCUCUCCUACGAUUUUGGGGCAGUCGCUGGGUUCAAUCCGACCUAUUGCAACCGGCGAGAUUCUACUCCAGCCUAGAGGGGAAUUGUGUGCUGUGAGAAAUUAUUCUCACCUCAAUUUACGAGGUUCGCCGCCUUGUAUCGGAACAAGGAGGGAUGCUGUCAGCUAUAAUAAGCCGGAGCCUAUUGGACAAAUGUGGAGCAGGCGUUUUUCUUCUGAGACUGGGGACUUGAUUCAUGCCAUUGUGCCUUUCAUGGGUGAAUCUAUUACUGAUGGAACUUUGGCGACAUUCUUGAAGAAGCCUGGAGACCGUGUAGAAGUUGAUGAACCAAUUGCUCAAAUUGAAACAGAUAAGGUCACAAUUGAUGUUUCUAGUCCUGAAUCCGGUGUAAUUGAGAAGUUUGUAGCCAAUGAAGGGGAUACUGUGGAACCAGGUACCAAGAUUGCUGUCAUACUAAAGUCUGGUGAAGGUGUCUCCCAUGUUGGUCCAUCUGAGAAAGCAUUGGAGAAAGUUGUCCCACAGCCAUCUUCGCCUGUAGAAACAAUUACCACGGAUCAGACAUCUAAAGUUGAAACAACUCCAGUUACAAAGAAGCCCAAAGCACCCUCUCCACCGCCUCCCAAACCCUCAGCUCAAGAACCUCAGCUUCCCCCUAAGGAAAGAGAAAGACGAAUUCCUAUGACAACACUUCGCAAACGGAUUGCUAAGAGAUUGAAAGAUUCACAGAACACAUACGCAAUGCUUACAACAUUCAAUGAAGUCGAUAUGACAAAUUUGAUGAAGCUUCGUUCUGACUUCAAAGAUGCAUUUGUUGAGAAGCAUGGGGUCAAAUUGGGGCUCAUGUCGGGAUUCAUCAAGGCUGCUGUCAGUGGGCUUCAAAACCAACCUACUAUUAAUGCAGUCAUUGAUGGGGAUGAUAUCAUAUAUAGAGACUACAUAGAUAUUAGUGUAGCCGUGGGUACUCCGAAGGGCCUUGUUGUGCCAGUUAUCCGUAAUGCUGAUAAGAUGAAUUGUGCUGAGAUAGAGAAGGAGAUCAAUUUACUUGCAAAGAAGGCAACUGAGGGGCGUCUUUCAAUUGAUGAGAUGGCUGGAGGUUCAUUUACGAUAUCCAAUGGUGGAGUUUAUGGAAGCCUUAUAAGUACCCCCAUCAUCAACCCACCUCAGUCGGCAAUCUUGGGUAUGCACUCAAUAGUGACCCGACCAAUGGUUGUUGGAGGAGAGAUUGUCCCACGGCCAAUGAUGUACAUAGCUCUUACCUAUGACCAUAGACUCAUUGAUGGAAGAGAGGCAGUUUACUUCUUGCGUCGUAUUAAAGAUGUUGUGGAGGACCCAAGGAGGCUUCUCCUUGUUGUAUGAGGCCGAUCAGGAGUUUAAGUGGUACAAGGUAUCUCUCUGGUUUUCAAGAAUACAGUACACUUUAGAUACAUACACAUCAAUUUUCGCAGGGGUUAUUUUGUCGAUUGAGAUCUUAGGUAGAACUUCAAGUGCAGCCAGUAGUUGCUAUAGCUCAAAUGAUAACUUGUCAGGGUGCAUAACCCAAUUUUGAUAGUCGAUUGUCCCAAUUUUAGUUGUUUUUCACUUUUUGAAUCCCUUCCAAGGAAAUUUGUCUCCAAGACAAGUCUGUUCAAAUUUGCAUUCAUUAUAUGAUUCUGCAAUGACAUGUUGACUUGGACUGUAAUCAACCAAAUCUCCACGUGUCAUGUUUUGAUUGGGUUGUUUAAGUCCCACUUUGGCUCAUAGUUUUGAAUGGUAUGUUUGAUGGGGGCAUCUUGCUCAUACUACUACAAUUUAAGAUUUUUUUCUUUUCCUAUUUUCGGGUUUGCAUUAAGAACUCAAUGCCAGAAUACAAUUCUUGUACAUCUCAUUUUCGAAAAAGUGUCACAAAUUUUAGAGUUCUUGAGAGACAUUUCUACCUAGUCAGGUUG